AUUACUUGACACGUUUUAUAGUUUUGCCACUUUAUUAAAACAAGUGUUGUUUACGUAUUAAAAGAAUAAACUAAUAAGAGCUCUGCUUUUCAAAUUCCUUCUUUCAACAAAUUCAGAUGUUUCUCUGCCAAAUUCUGCUGUUUUUCUUCCUCACAACUAAGAGAGGAUCAUGAAAUUUCCAUAUUUCGGAGUUACUGAGCUCAAAUCCCUGACUCACUCAGGUGUUUCGGGUGUCGGAUUUUGGAAUUGAUUUUCACCAUUUGUGUGUUUGAUUGCGGCAGCAAUUGAUUGAUCAAUAGAUUAGGUUUUUGUGUCGGCGUGACAUGACUUGCAAUGCUGUGGAUGAGGAGGAUCGCAGGCUCGUGGAGGAUUACGUGAAAUUGGAGGGUGGCGGCGGCGGCCAGUGGCAUGCUGAGACGUCGACGUCUGGUUGUUGCGGAGGCGACACAGGCGGAGGCGAUGAGGCUUCCUCUGAUGGUGGGUGGUGGUUGUGGUCUUUGUGGUGGUGGGUGAAACUUGUGCUGGUGGUCUUGUUUGUUGCCGUUUUGGGCGCGGUUUUCUUCAAAUGGAUCGGACCCUUUUUCAUGGAUAAGGAAAUUAUACCCAUGAUAAAUUGGGUGCAGAGUACUUUCAGCACAACUAUUUUAGGACUCAUAGUGUUUGCUUCUCUGGCAAUAUUCCCAGUAUUUCUUAUACCUUCUACACCAUCCAAGUGGGUUGCUGGGAUGACUUUUGGUUAUGGUUAUGGUUUUCUGUUGAUCACUGCUGGAGUUUUGAUUGGCAGUUCUAUUCCUUAUUUCAUUGGUUCAUUAUUCUACCAUAGAAUCCAUGCAUGGUUAGAAAGGCACCCAAAGCGAGCUUCGAUCAUAAGACUGGCUGGCGAAGGAAACUGGUUUAGUCAGUUUCGAGCUGUUUCUUUGAUUAGGAUUUCCCCAUUCCCUUAUAUCAUAUAUAACUACUGUGCCGUGGCUACAGAUGUGAGAUAUGUUCCUUAUUUGUUGGGGACUGCGGUGGGAAUGGUGCCAGAUAUAAUUGUUGCACUUUACACAGGGAUCCUGAUUAAAACAUUAGCUAAUGCUUCACAAGAUGGGAAGCCUAUGCCAGUUUCCCAGAUGGUGAUUAACGUGGCCGGGUUUUGCAUCACUGUGAGCGCGACUGUAGCAGUGACGUGGUAUGCAAAGAGGCGACUGAAGGAACUACAGAUGCAAGAGGAGCUUUUGUUGUAGGCAAAACUGAAGAUGGAUGCCUAAAUAUGAAUCAACAACUGUGCUUGUCAUACAUUGGUAUGUAUCGACUAAAGUCAUAUAUAGACUUAUGUAUGUACUCAACAAAUGGAAACCACAGGUUCUUUA